AUGUCGUCGGAAUACUUCCGCAUUGAUGAGCAUGUACUUGACGCUUCACAUAUCCGUGGCUUCCCUCGUACCACGUCUACGCACCAAAAUGAAGUCUUAAAGUUGGCUAUCAAGCAGUACACACCAUUGAACAAUCCCAAUCCUCAGCCUGGCGACAUCACCAUCAUCUCGGCACAUGCGAAUGCAUUUCCUAAGGAACUCUACGAACCACUCUGGGACGAACUACUAAAAAUCUCACAACAGCAUUCGUUCAAGAUUCGCGGCAUCUGGAUAGCAGACGUUGUUCACCAAGGCCAAAGCAGCGUUCUGAAUGAAGAUAAGCUAGGAAAUGAUCGUGAGUUCUUCCUUGCGGCGUGGCUCGAUCACAGCCGCGAUCUUCUGCACAUGGUCAACACUUUCCGGGAUAAGAUGCCCCGUCCUCUUAUAGGCAUCGGCCACAGUAUGGGUGGCUGUCAGCUCGCAAAUCUCUCCCUCAUUCACCCUCGUCUUUUCGAGACUCUAGUCUUGUUCGACCCAGUCAUCCAGCGUAUGGUCUCCGUAUCUGGAAACGUAGGGCCCGCGCAUGCAUCCGCAAGACGAAGGGAUCGAUGGCCCUCCCGCGAGGACGCCGCAAAAAGCAUGCUGCGCAGUAAAUUCUAUCAAGCUUGGGACAAACGCGUCUUCGACCGCUGGAUCGAGCAUGGUCUCCGCGAGCUACCCACCUCGCUAUACACUAACUCCACUUCCCAGCCCAGAGAAGUGACAUUGAAGACCACUAAACAUCAGGAAGUCAUGACAUUCCUGCGACCUAACUUUGCUUCUCGCCCUGGCCUCGAUUCUGAGCCUUCAUCAGCUGAGUUUUCGGAAGCAAACCCAACCGCCAUCAACCGCCGCACGCACCCCGAUCUAGUCCUCUCUCCGACACCCCAAACGCCAUUCUACCGGGGCGAGUCUAUGAUUGUCUUCCAACAGUUGCCCUUCUUACGCCCCUCACUUUUGUACAUCUUUGGUAGUCUCAGUUUCCUGACGCUCGAUAAGACGCAAAUUGACGAGAAGAUGGAGCGGACAGGCUCUGGACCUGGAGGCAGUGGCGGCGCAAAGGAGGGUAGGGUCGCAAAUGUAAUGGUCGAGGGAGCGGGCCAUUUGAUUCCCAUGGAGAAGGUCGAAGAGAGUGCAUUGCAUGUGGCGAGCUGGGUUGGGAAAGAAAUGGGAAGGUUCUGGGAUGGUGAAAAGAGAACCGCAGCUGAGUGGGGACAGAAGAAAGGCAUAGAGCGGAGCAUACUUCCCGAUAGAUUUGUACAAGAGUUGGACGGGAUGGUGCCGAAAAAAGCGGCGAAGCUGUAA